AUGACAAUGUGGCUAAUAAAUUUACUCAUAAAUCGUAAAUGGAAAUGUGAAACACUUACAAGGUGCUAUGAAGAAAUGCAGAAGCUAAGUAAAAUUGGAGACAAUGCAAAUAUUUUGGGUUUCAUGUCACUGUGCAAGAAUUCAUAUCCGAAUGAAUUUGAUGACAAUAUAUUUCAAAUAUUUAGAAACCUAGAUGUAAUUUAUGAUAAAUUUAAAAAAUUGGAAAGUGACAUUGACCCAAGUUAUUGGGCUUUUUAUGAAUUUGGAGAAAGAAUGAAAUUUUUAGAAGCUAAUCAAAAUAAGUAUGACAAUAGCUUAAGACUAUUACUUAAAGAAUUUAAUGAUAAUAUUAUUGAAUUCGUAGAUAAAUUAGAAAAAAAAAAUAACUCUUCCGGUAUCAAGAGUUUCUUAAGAGGCAUCAAAUACUGGGGAUAUACUAAAGGAGUAUUGACAAUGGUAGAGAAAAAUAUAGAUAUAAAUAGUAGUAUAGAAAUUGAAAGAACAACAGAUAUUAGUACUAAUUACACUCCCUUUGGAUCAUCUUUACAGCCCAAAGCAAGGGCGUUAAGGAAGCUAAUGAAAAAAAAAAAUAAAAAACAUAUGAAUUUAAUUGGUUUAUAUGAAAAUAAGUACAAUAAAUUAAAUGACAAACAAUAUAAAACUUCUAAAUUAUUAUUAUAA